CUUUUCUGAGAGUGUGCUUAUUCUGUUGUGAAGUGUGCUUCUUCAAAAAAAGUAUACACAAUUUUUUGUAUGAGUCAGAAGGUAGAAAAACCAGUUCUAUCCGGUCAACGCAUCAAGACCAGAAAAAGAGAUGAAAAAGAGAGGUAUGAUCCAACUGGGUUUAGGGAUGCAAUAAUCUCUGGACUCGAUAAAUGUUCUAACGAUUUUGAAGCUAUAUCUCGAUAUUUGGACAGUGCUGGUAACAAAUUAGAUUAUCGUCGCUAUGGCGAAUGUCUCUUCGAUGUACUCAUCGCUGGGGGCAUCCUGGUUCCAGGAGGCACACUAUCACAGGAAGGUGAUGGUCCGUACCGAACGGAGGCAUGUAUUUUUAACACACCGGACGAAAUCAAUAUGGACAUAAUGAAGAACUGGGAACAGGUGUUCAUCAAACUGAUGCGUCGCUAUAAGUAUUUGGAAAAACUUUUCCAGGACGAAAUCAAGAAAAUACUAUUGUUUGUUAAGUAUUUCCUACCGUCCGAUCGCAAGAAACUGUCUGUGAUGCUGUACAUAUGGAUAGCGAAUGGCAGCAUACCUUUCACAGCCGUUCUUGUCCUGAACAAUUCUCAUCUGGUGAAAGAUCACCUAGCGUUAGACUUCCUUAUUGACAUAUUCAAAGCAUGGCGUCAAGAAAAGGGUGUCAACUCACUGCAUUCUGCUAUCAAGAAAUCCAACAUUGAAUCUCAUCUUACGAGCUUCAUACCUGAUACAAAGCAAUCGCAGCUGUACUUCCGAAAUGCCUUUCAGGAUAACGGUCUAGAGGAAAUACUCAAACUGUACAACGACCAGCACCAACAAUUAGCCAAGAAAGAGCUACAGGUGCUAUUAGCUGAUAACCUCAGUGAGAAUAAGCCUCUACGUGAUAUAAUUAAUGAAAUCAAAGAGAUUGCCUUGAAAGAUAAUAUACAAGAACACGAAAUAGCGUGUAUUAUAUGGACUACUGUCAUGGACAUUCCAGAAUGGUCUAAAAAGGAGGAGUUGGUAACAGAGCAAGCUGUAAGACACCUCAAGUACUACACUAAUCUCUUUGGCGCAUUCACAGAAUCAGCUCGUUCAGAAAUCAAUCUGUUGUUAAAAGUCCAGGACUACUGUUAUUCAAACAUGACCUUUAUGAAGGCUUUUCAAAAAAUCAUAAUGUUGUUUUACAAGACCGACGUGAUCUCAGAACAGACCAUUUUGAAAUGGUAUAAACAAGAUUACAAUGUAAAGGGUAAAAUGAUGUUUGUCGAACAAAUGAAAGAAUUCAUCAAUUGGUUACAGAAUGCCGAGGAAGAGAGUGAUUCUGAAGGUGACAGUGAAUAGGGAAAUGGUUUUUGUUGGUCUUAAAUAAAUAUCAGUGCCACCUAUCAUUGUAAAAUAUUAAAAAGUAGCAUUUUUUCCAAUGUAUUCAAAUUAUAAUGUAUAAAAAUUUUCAGGUGCCUUACUAUGUUGGUGAGUGGCAGGCAAUAGUUUUGACUGGGGACAUGUAACAUUGACCUCACUAAAAUGUAUUCAAUAAUUAUAUAAAAAAAGUAUUAGUACAAGGGAAAAAAUGAUAUUUGUCUGAAACGUCGCCAAUAAAAUCACAACUCAAUGUUAUAUAUUAAUGAUUUAUGGUCAAUUUUUUAAUAUACAAGAAAUUUU